GGGAAACGCCUAGUUCUCACCGGCAGGAGCAGCAGCAGCAGGAGGAGGAGGAGGGGGAGCAGCAGAAGCAGCAGUGAGACUGUGACAGGCUGGGAGGGCUUAGGAGACGGCGCAUCCAUGAUCGCUGUGCAGUGAGGAGAGCAGGAGAUUUAUCAGGAGAGGCUCGUGAGGUGCAGUUUGGGGAAGAAGAAGAAGGAGCUGACAGUGUCGGGAGAUCCACAGGGCGGGAUUGCAGGCUGCUGCAGACAGGUGUGCGGCUAUUUCUGUCGCUGACUGAGGAUGAAGAGCUGAGCCGCACAAACAUGGUUAGGGGUCAGGGAUCGUGAGUAUGAGGAGCACCUGUGUCUCGCACUCUAUCCUAUUCCACUGAUACUGGUGCCACACAUAUAUAUAUAUAUAUUGCGCCUGGGCGGUACUAAGGCCCCGCGGGGGAGUUGAGCGUGUAGAUCACGUGUCAUAUCUUCCAUGGCACAUAAACACACAGACAACUGGCCCUCAACCAUUUACCUUGGCAUCUCCUCAUUGUUAUUGUGUAACUCAGCCCUAUACACUGGCGCGGGGAUUAGAGGAAUUUUGGGUCGCCCUUGGCUGCUGCUCUUAUGCUUCUGCCACUAGCCACCUGGACUGCCACAAUAUAGCCCGACUGCCUUCAACUUAGCAUUCCAUUUGCAGUGAUCCAGAGCGUUGGGCCGGCUGACUGGCGGUGGAGCAGGGUAUCCCUGCAGGGAGCCCCGUUGUCAGCUCCCCCCGGCUCCUGGCAUAGGGAUGGGCUGCGCUCCCAGCAUCCACGUAUCUCAGAGCGGAGUGAUUUACUGCCGGGACUCGGACGAGUCCAACUCUCCGCAUCAGACAACCACCAUCUCCCAGGGCACCGCCGCCACCCUGCACGGACUCUUCAUAAAGACAGACGCGGCGGACUCCAUCCCUUCGGUGCUUACCUACCAGGGCCGCUACCCGCCUGCCGCCCGGAGUGGCUCCCGCAAGGGGCGCAGAGAGCAGGGACCGCAGAGCUGCAUUGAGGCCGAGACUCAGACGAGCCACACCAGUGUCAAGGUAUCAUCAACAGAACUGUGGCUUGGACCUAUGAGACUGACCCAGGAUCCUAUUCAGGUGUUGCUAGUAUUUGCAAAAGAAGAUAGCCAGAGUGAUGGCUUCUGGUGGGCCUGUGAUCGAGCGGGAUACAGAUGUAAUAUUGCUCGGACACCAGAGUCUGCACUUGAGUGCUUCUUGGAUAAGCACCAUGAAAUCAUUGUCAUAGAUCACAGGCAUUCAAGAUACCUUGAUGCAGAAGCCGUGUGCAGAUCCAUACGAGCAACAAAGCCCUCAGAGCACACAACGAUUCUUGCCAUUGUUCCACGUGUAGCUUCUGAUAAAGAGGAGAUGUCUGUCCUUCCCCUUCUGAAUGUGGGAUUUAAUAGGAGAUUUGUGGAGAACAGCAGUAUGAUUGCAUGUUACAAUGAGCUGAUCCAGAUAGAACAUGGGGAAGUGCGAUCUCAGUUCAAACUGCGGUCCUGCAACUCAAUAUUUACAGCCUUAGACAACUGUCAAGAAGCCAUAGAAAUAACAAGUGAAGAUCAUGUCAUACAGUAUGUUAACCCAGCCUUUGAACGGAUGAUGGGAUAUCAUAAGGAAGAACUUAUUGGGAAGGAACUUACUGAACUGCCAAAGAGUGACAAGAACCGUGCAGAUCUGUUGGACACCAUCAACACAUGCAUCAAAAAGGGAAAGGAAUGGCAAGGAAUCUAUUUUGCAAGAAGGAAAUCAGGAGACAGCAUUCAACAACAUGUAAAAGUGACCCCAGUUAUUGGGCAAGGGGGGAAAAUUAGACAUUUUGUGUCUAUGAAGAAGCUGUACAAUAGCAAUGACAACAAUAAACAGAUCUACAAGAUAAAUCGAGAAGAAAAUGCACUUACAGAGUCUCACUCAUUUAGGCUUAAAAACAGAAGGAAAGAAUCAGUUGAUGUAAGAUCUAUCACCUCUCGCAGUAGUGAUGCACCAAGUUUGCAGAACCACAGAUACUCUUCGAUGGCUCGAAUUCACACCAUGACUAUUGAGGCUCCAAUAACAAAGGUCAUAAACAUCAUUAACGCAGCUCAAGAGAACAGCCCUGUGACCGUAGCCGAAUCGCUAGACAGAGUUUUAGAAAUUCUUAGAACAACUGAACUUUAUUCGCCUCAGCUGGGAACCAAAGAAGAAGACCCUCACACCAGUGAUCUUGUAGGAGGUUUGAUGACUGAUGGCUUAAGAAGGCUUUCAGGAAAUGAGUAUGUUUUCUCAAAAAUUUCAGACAUGCACCACAGCCAUAGCCACCUUUCAGUGCCAAUAACCAUCAAUGAUGUCCCACCUCGUAUCGCAGAAUUACUAGAAGAUGAAGGUUCUUGGGACUUUAACAUAUUUGAAUUAGAAACAGUUACUAGUAAAAGACCGUUGGUAUACCUUGGUUUAAAGUUAUUUGCUUGUUUUGGAGUCUGUGAGUAUUUGAAUUGCACAGAGGCCACACUUCGCUCCUGGUUACAGUUAAUUGAAGCCAACUAUCAUACAUCGAAUGCCUACCACAACUCUACGCAUGCUGCUGAUGUCCUACAUGCCACCGCUUUCUUCCUGCAGCAGGAGAAUGUUAAGGGAAACCUCGACCAGUUAGACAAGGUGGCGGCGCUAAUUGCUGCCACGGUACAUGAUGUGGAUCACCCCGGCCGGACUAAUUCCUUCCUCUGUAAUGCCAGCAGUGAGUUAGCCGUAUUGUACAAUGAUACAGCAGUGUUGGAGAGUCAUCAUGCGGCACUCGCAUUUCAGCUCACAGCAAAGGACAAUAAGUGCAACAUCUUCAAGAACAUGGACCGGACACAGUAUCGGACUCUCCGGCAGGCAAUCAUUGACAUGGUUUUGGCAACAGAAAUGACCAAGCAUUUUGAGCAUGUCAACAAGUUUGUCAACAGCAUCAACAAACCCAUUGCAGCUGAAGACAGCAAUUCCAACGGUGAGGGGAGUGAUUUUGAGUGUUCCACCAACAUAAGGAAUUCUCCAGAAAACCGAAUCCUCAUCAAACGCAUGAUGAUCAAAUGCGCAGAUGUAGCCAACCCAUGCCGCCCCUUGGACUUGUGUAUAGAGUGGGCUGGAAGGAUCUCUGAGGAAUAUUUUGCACAGACAGAUGAAGAGAAGAUACAAGGAUUGCCAGUUGUAAUGCCAGUGUUUGACCGAAACACCUGCAGUAUACCCAAAUCUCAGAUAUCAUUUAUAGACUAUUUUAUUACAGACAUGUUUGAUGCAUGGGAUGCCUUUGCCCAUUUGCCCAACCUGAUCCUACAUCUGACAGAGAAUCACAAAUACUGGAAAUCUUUGGACGAGUUAAAGUGUAAGAGUCUCAGGUGUUCGUCGGACUGAAGCAAAGAGCAGAGAACCCAACAGUGACCUCCUCGACCAAUCUGCACUGUGAAUUAUUCCCUAAUGAAAGUGAUAGAGGUAAAGGGGAAGUACGCCGGCUCAACCCUCGCUUUAUUUAGUACCAUAUGUACCAACGACAGUGACUGCAUUAAUGGGAAAUCCUGUACAUUGGCAUGGCAAUACGAGGGGACCGUGUAUCAACAUAACUUCCGGAAGGCCAGAUUUUUUUUAAAUGUUAAAUUUAAAAUGAACAUGUUCUCAUACUAAGUAUCAAAAAGUCAAAGACAUAUAUUGAAUGCAGUGUAAAUGCAUUUAUCACAUGGGGCUAUAGACUACUAAUAAUUAUGUAUCAUUCAUGGAAAUGUGAGGGCGGGCGACCUUUGGCCAACCUUGCCCAGCACAAUGGAGUGCCAAGCUUUGCCCAUGCCUGGUUUGGAGUAUAGAGAGUAGACCACUCUGUUUUCUAGUAACUUGUUGCACUUUAGAUUUUCUAAUUCUGCAUUAUACACGGGUCUGCUUCUGUGCAUGCAGCGCCCACUGUACACA